CUUGAUAAUCUCUGCAUCCACUGAACGCCGGCAGUCAUGGCUGCAUCCAGGGACAAUUUACUGUCUCUUGGACAUCUGACAGGCACAGAAAGAAACACCUUCACAAAACAAAGAGAGCAGAGUCUAAAAAAAAGUGUCAACAGGCCUAUGCUGUUGCAAGCAGACCUUUUAACUCCUCAGAGUCAUCAUCAGCUCGAGGUAAUGCAUCUGCAGCAGCGCUGGCAGGAGCUGAAGGAGAGAGAGCGUACAGCCCAACAACACAACAGGCUGCUACUGCAGCAGUUUGACGACGCCCAGGACACACUGAACGAGAUGAUAACUCUCACUGCUGCCAUGAAAACUAUUCGGAAGGAGUAUGAACGGUACUUGGAGGAGAGCUCCCCCCACUGGCAGCAGCAACUCGAGGAGAAAAUACAGGCUGCUCAGAGGAAGAGGAUGGACGAGUAUUUGAGGUCAUGUCUAAAGAACACAGAGGACCAUGUGACAAAGUCCUCUGCAGAUCGACCUUCACUUUCACAAGCAGGCCCUUCCACAAUGCCAAAAGAAAUUGCCGUACCUCCAAAGCACUACAGCCAAAACAGCCACAACCAAGAUGGUUCCCCUCAUCUCCCCUUUAUGCAGUCUUCCAGGCAGACAUUCCCUCAAUCCCAGACGGCCAGGCUUCAUAUCAGAGCGCCCUAUCAACCUCAGGGAUCCUCUCACGUCCCUCCAUCGUUCCUCCCACCACGUAUCUUCCCACAUCCUCACUCAUUCCAGCUCAACCAUCAUGCCUCCACACUUGGUCAUCAUCACCCCAGCCCCAGGCAAAACCCUCCAGGCUGGGCUUCCCUGCAGCCAGACUACCACUGGUCCUGGGCUGCUGGUGCGGCUGGGAUCCCUUCAGGCUCUGAGCCUCUGUGGGGUCAGCUGUACAUGGAGGAGCCUCCUUCUGAGACAGUGGUGGCGCAGGCGGCGGGGGAGGAAGCUGAUACAAGCCGAGCACCGAGCUCAAAGAGAGAGAGAAGUGGUGGAGACAGGAGCAGUAAUGCUUCCCAGGAGCUGGACAUCAAACCAGUUCGUCUGUCCAAUGGCCAUGCAGAGAGCAGUGAGAGCAGUCCGGUGAGCAGAGAGAAGAGGAAGAAGAAGCAGGGCAGAGGAAGAUCACAGUGUUCCUCCUCAGACAGAGAAAGAUGCAGCUCUCAGAAGUCAUCUACAACUUCCAGUGACAUUGUCAUUGCUGCGGUCACUGUGGCCCAAAGCUCCGAAAGUGACGACUCAUCAGUAAAAGGCAGAACCAGCACUAGUAGGAUGAGGAGAAGUGGGGGGCUUGCUGCUGAAUCACCAAGGGCUGAGAAGGUAGCAAAGGGAAGCAAGGGAGUUGACUCAGGGAGUCACAAAGAAGAGAGUCAAUCUACUAGUGAGGAGUUACAGAGUCUAAUUGAGGAAUCCAGAAGUGAAAACGUGGGUAAUCAAAGUCCUGACGACAAAUCGGAGAACUAUAGAGAGGAGUCUGAAUCCCAGAGAGAGAAGCAAUCAGGAAGCAUUAGUAUAAGGAUUGAAAAUGGAGGUGGAGCUGAAAUGGAAGAGCAGAAGAGUAGCAGCUCUGAACACAGCAGUGGAAGAGAAAAGGAUGAGGAAGAUCUAGGAGAUGACGGUGAUGCUGAAGAAAAAGAGAAGAAUCAGACAGAUGUAGAGAAAGCGGAGAGAGAUGUGGAGGAUAAUGAUGACGCUUCUGAAAGAAAGAAUAGAGCAGAGGAAGAAGAGGAGACAGAGGACCAGGAUGAAGAGUCAGAGAAAGAAGGUGAUAGUGAGGAAAACCAGUCCGACAGGUUGAAGAAUGAAGAUGGGGAGAACACACAACAGGGUUCUGCAUCUUCUCAGGAUGAAGAGGUGGACGAGGACCAGAGUGAAGAAGGUGAGGACAACACGGAAGACGGGGAGUCAGAUGAAGAGGAAGAGGAGCAGAGAAGAGACAAAACAGAAGAAGCUGAGGAAAGGGAUUCAGAAGACAGUAUCAUCUCACCACAAGACAAAUCUAAAAAGAUGCACACGGUUGCCGAGGAGGCAAGUGAAGAUGAAGAUGAUGAUGAUGAGGGGGGGAGUAAAAUGGGAUCCUCAGACGAUGGCUCGAAUGAUUCCAGUGAUGAUGUCGAGCAUCUACUUGCACCUCAACAAUCACAGAAAAAAAAAGAAAAGGACUUGAGAGCUGAUGAGAAACCCAAAGGUACAGUUUCUGCAGUCUUUACAAUUAAAAGACGGAUUGCUCAUCUACAAAAAAACAAACCUUCCUUUUUUGAAAAUGUUGAUCUGUUUCAUUUAUUUUCCAGCAAUUUGUGACGUGGAUAUUUUCCAAGUGGACAAAUCAACAAAAUCAGAUCACCCAAGUGACUCUGAUGAAUUUGACAACUUUUAUGGCUAAAUGUGUUUUCGCUCAACUGCCAAAGCUUUACCUCACAAUUUAGUUACAUUUGAGAAUUAUAUAUAAACAACUUAUGUUGAUGGUUUUGUUUUCUGUUCGAUUAGAGACGUUGCACUAUUACCCACCCAUAACUCUAUUGCAUCAAAUUGCAUUAUAUACCUAUUAAGCAAUUAUUCUUGGGCUAUAAUUUGAAGAAUGAAAGGUUGA